AUGCUAGUGUUGGAAUACGCCAGGAGAUCCAAUGCCGCGCUCGCCAUGGAGGCUUUUGACAGGGCUCGAGAUUACGGAUUUAGGCUGUCGCCUUUGUCCUGCAAUCCGCUGCUAAGUUUGAUGGUGAAGGAGGGAAGAUUGGAGAGUGUGGAGAAAGUGUACAGGCAGAUGAUCCGGGGAAGGAUUGAACCUAACCUGAUGACCUUCAAUACGGUGAUAAACGGACUCUGCAGGGCUGGCAAGUUGCAGAGGGCGGCCGACCUGUUCGAUGACAUGAAGUCCUGGGGCCUUUUGCCAUCGGUGGUCACGUACAACACGCUCAUCCAUGGUCACUGCAAGAUGGGUCGAACUGGGAAGAUGUAUAAGGCCGAGACUGUUUUGAAAGAUAUGGUCUCCAAGCAAGUUCAUCCGAACGUGAUCACCUUCAACACUUUGAUCGAUGGGCACUGUAAAGAUGGGAACUUUCCCUCUGCUAUGAAACUGUUCUCUGAAAUGAAACAAAGGGGGGUGCCUCCCAAUGUGGUCACUUAUAACUCCUUGCUCAGUGGGCUAUGUGCUGAAGGUAAGGUAGAUGAUGCCCUGGAGAUGCUCGAGGAAAUGAGGGGUUCGGCUGUUGAACCAAAUAUUGUGACUUAUAAUUCGUUUAUCAACGGUUAUUGCAAGAAAGGGAUGCUGGCAGAGGCCAAGGGGAUGCUAGAUGAUGCUUUAAAGCUAGGUUUGGCUCCAAAUGUGAUAACGUAUAACACUUUGAUAGAUGGGUAUUGCCGGUCCGGGAAAAUGGAGGAUGCUUGCGAAUUACAUGGUUCAGUGUUUAGCAAGGAAUUUCCUCCCAAUAUUUCGACCUAUAAUUCCCUAAUAUUGGGUUUUUGUCAGAGUGGUGAUAUGAAGAGGGUCAGUAAGGUCUUGAAUGAAAUGGAGGAAAAUGGUUUGAAAGCUGAUCGUGUGACUUAUAACGAGCUUAUAGGCUCUUUAUGCAUGCAAGGAGAACCAAAGAAGGCAUUGAAGCUGUUAGAUGAAAUGUUGGAAAUAGGUUUAAGCCCCAGUCAUGUGACAUAUAAUAUUUUAAUGGAUGGAUUCUGUAAAGAAGGCAACCUGCGUGCCUCUUUGAACUUGAGGUCCAGAAUGGAAAAGAAUGGAAAACGUGCAAAUGUAGUAACCUAUAAUGUGUUCAUGAAGUGCCUCUGUAAGAAAGGAAAGAUGGCAGAGGCAAACAAGCUGUUGAAUGAGAUGCUGAUGAAAGGUCUGAUUCCCAAUAGGGUCACAUAUGAAAUAAUACGUGAUGAAAUGAUGGAGAGGGGCUUUGUUCCAGAUGCAGAUGGGCAUCUUUUCAGCACCCAGUUGUAG